GGAGGGGCCGGACGCCUGGGUCCCGUCCCCGGCGCGGGGGCGCGGGAGAGGGGCCGGACGCCUGCUGGGCGGCCCCGGGAGGCUUGUGUCGCAGAGCUCGGGAGAAGCGCCGGGGGCAGGUGUCGGUUUUACCCUGGGGGGGGGGGGGCUCGUCCCUGCGCCCCGCGGGGGGAAAAGCUCCCAGCCGCGCCCCUGGGCAGCCCGGGUCUCCCUGGGCCCCAGGGGAAGCCAGGGCUACUUCUCGCAGGCUGCCCCCCCCCCCCCCCCGGGGGAGGCCUGAUUUCCCUUUCCAGGCGGCCCCUUCCCCAGCAAAUCGUGUUCGCCCCUGGGUCCGAUCAGUCUGUUCUUUGCUGCGGUUUCAAGGGGUCGGCUGACUGGCCUGUAAUUGCCAGGAUCGCCCCUGGAGCCUCUUUUAAAAACUGGUGUGGCCUUAGCUCUGUCCUCCAGCCAUCUGGCACAGGAGCUGAUGUAAAUGAUAGGCUGGGGAGAGUGCAGUUCGUCCUUCUGCAGCUUCACAUUUGACUUCCUUCAGAAUCCCAUCUCCUCCUGGUGACUUUUUACUGUUCAGUUUAUCCAUUGGUUCCCAGACCUCCUCUAAUAACACCUUUUUGAAAUGGAAAAUUUUGUAGCUAAAAGAAAAGGUCUGAACGCAGCCUUUGGUUUUUUUUUUUUUUUUUUUUGACAAAAAAUGUUUCAUAAAGCUCUCUCCGUCAAGAGUUGAGGGUGCUGUAAAUUGUAAUAAAGCAAUUAAGCAUGCAGAGAUGAAAACAUUAAGACCACCUAUUGUGUGUGAAUUUUGUUUUCUUGUUUAAAGUUAAAUAGCAAGAAAGAGAAAUAUUGAUGGUCUGUAACCCUAUUUUAGAAAAAAAAUUGGUUCUGGAAAUGUAUAAACCAUGAUUCAUUGUGGAGUAAAGCAAAGCAGCUGAGUUACAACCCUUGAAGGGGGUUGAAUUAAGGAAAAAGUCAAGUCAUCAAUAUUCUAGUUAAGAAUAAUGCUGUGCUAUGAUUACAUUUCCAUUGUGUUUGCAAAUGUAGCUACUUCUUGUGCCAGCUUGGUUUUUUUUAAUUCAAGUGACUGCCUUAAAUUUCUUCCAUCCAUUUUCUAUGAAAAUAUUAUCUCUCAAACUCUGUUCUCAGCUGAGGAGCAGAGCAAUUCAGGACAAGUGUAACUAUCUAUACUUGGAGCUAGGACAUUUGUUUCAUCUAUAUAUGUCUGAAUGCCAAAGACAGUGACCUAUCUUAAGUGGCUCUCUGGGAGCAGCUUGAAUAGCGAAAUGUGUUUAACCGUGUAGUGGGAGUGCGAGCUUUGCAACCUUUGAUUUUUAAACCACCAUCUUUAAGAUGUCUAUAAAUUCUUGAAUGAUCUAGAAAGGCAAGGUACCUACCGAAGGCACACAGCCAAGAUUAAUAUUUUGAUACUGGAGUAACCGUUAAAGACUGGAACUAGGAGUGACUUUUAGUUGAUUUAUUGGAGAGAAAUGAGUAAGCUGUAGGCUCCAAAGCAGUUGUCUGGGGACAGUUGGUCUGCAGACAGCUGGCAGGUCACAUGGUGCUGGCUGUCCUCUAGUCUAGCUGAUAAAUUGCAGGAAAAGAUAGCUAAAGAUAAGAAACGCUUUCCUAACAUUGUAUUAUUGGGGUGAAGUUGGAACAGGGCACACUCUCUUCUAAAAUGGGAUCCACACAGUGAGAAAGCUUGAGAACCCUACUGGGUCAAAUCUCUUCCAAUCUGGCUUGAACCUUCAUCCACAGUGUGGAUGGUACACAUGAGAAUGCUCAGAUGGCUCGGAUUAUAAUUUGUACUGUCUCUACCUCCCUGCCCCCCAGCUCCAUUGAAGUAAUGGGACUAAUGACUGUAAUAAGCGCUAUGCCUGAUAGUAAGGUAGUAUAGUAGAUCUCUAGAGUCAUGAAAUAUUAAACAACAUUUACAGAAGCUGCACUGAUAUAAAUGGGAUCACACAGAUUUGAUAUACUGGGAUCACUGAUCAUUCAUCAAACGGCCACUUGUCAUCAGUCACUUGCUUUCUACUAUUCGUUUGGGUUUUUUUUGUUUUGUUUUUUUGACAUUGCUGAGGUAAAAUGGCAAGCGUGCUUAACUGUUCUAGUGCUGUAUAUCUUCCCCAAAAAAGCUUAUUGAGGACAGUUUUCUUUAGAUGCCCUAAAAUCAGCCUCAAAAUGAUGGCGCUCAAUUAACGUUUUAUUAUGUGGUCAACAUUCUGCACAAGAGUGGGGGAAAUGGCUGUGGGCUAAAUAGGGCUUAAGUGGAGUCUUAUGCUAGCUUGCUGAUUUUAACCCCGAGAGAAUAUUCAUUCUCUUUAGUUGUAGAUAAGUUAACCACAGAAUCUUUUAAGAUAAAUCCCUUUAACUAAAAUAAUUCAAUGCAUUGGUUGAAAGGCAGAGCUGUCAAAGGCUUCCCUCUCCAUUCUAGUCUGCCUCUAGAUAUUCAUGAUGCUUGAGUUGUACCUGACCAGAAUAAAUAAUUAGUAUACACACAGCUGCCUAAAAGAGGAACCUAGAAACUUCCAGGCUAAUUCUGAUAGGGAAAGUUAAUUGUUUCUGAAGCACGUGGCAUUUGAACUUACAAUGUGAUGCAGUUUUAGUACUGCAUUCGAGUAUUUCUAAUGUGCUCCUCACUUUAAUAUUAUCUUUGCCUAAGCAGAUUUCUGUAUGUCUGGUGACUUUCAAAUACUACACAAAAUCAAUGUAGCUUAUUGGAUGCCCUUUAUUUAAUUAUUUAUUUGACACGUGGGCUUGUCUGAGCUAAUUGCUUUCAUACAUUAUUCACCCUGGUGUUACAUAGCAGUGCUGUGAUCAAGUGAAGCCUUUUACCAUGGUACAGACAGGAAUAUGUAAUCUAUUUCUUUCCCUUUAUGAUCACCCAAAAGGGUAGCUUUUACUUGAUUUAAUCAAUUCCCAGGGUUUGGAAGGUUGCAGUUGACUGGCAUUGGCUACGUAAUGAAAAUUUGAAAAAGAAAAUCUAUUAUGUCGGUGAGCAUGUACUGUCUUCCUCUUCCUUUUUAAAAUGUUAGUGCGGCUUCACACCUACUUCGGAGACAGGAGGAUCUCUUUUCCCGUUGUUUGUUGUGCAGUUUAAGUAGCCAGCUGGCCUUGAUGCUCACUGUUACCACAAGUCUGAGUGCUGCUCCUCUCCAGCGUUGUUAAUGGGGAAUUGAUCAGAAACCCUCCCCGCUCUUUCUCCCUGUUGUAAUGCAGCUGCGUGUUGCACUGUGUGCUCAGGUUGAAGGUUCUUAACAGCAAAUAAAAGCUGUGAAGGCUUGUCUUCUGGACCACUAAUUCCUUUACUGUGGAUAAAAUGCAUUCUAGUAUAUGGCAGUCAAGGUGGUGUUCUAAGGUUGUUCCCACCUUUUAGAUCAGCAUUCAUUUGCUACUACGCUACCCUGCGGUGCUCUCCCCCUGCACUGUGUCACUAUGGGACUCCGAUGUGAUUAGUCAUAUUUAACCGGCUUGCUUUUCAUAAUGUGCAAAAGGUGCUAGUACCUUGUCAGCCACUUUGGUCGGGGGGAGGGAGGGAGCAGUCUCUCUACGCCCAAGUCCGUGUUCUAAACCCUUCUGUAGUUUGCCCAAAGGCCUGAGUCCAUCUACUUCCCCUUGCUGAUUAGGGUAGUGCAGCCUAGCAGCCGGAGUCCAUACAAUGCACCCCUAGGGUAGUGCAGCCCAAUCGCCAGAGUCAACCUAAUUCCUCUCCCCUAGUGGGGUAAUGCCACCUAGUGGCCAGAGUCCAUAUAACUCACUGUGUGGGGCCAGCUCCUCUCAAAGGAGGGUGGCCCAGGUAGGGGGACCCGGGCCCACCCAUUCCACUGGGUCCCAACCCAGGGCCCUGCAAGUGUCGAGUUCUCCUCACCAGUGGUCCGGUGGGGAUCCUCCCAAAACACGCCGGCCUGAACGGUCUCAGCACCAUUCCCCUUUAAGAACUCCCUGGGUCACUUCCCACCAUAUUCUCGGCAUCUGGCCUUUGCGUCUCAGGGUGCAAGCCUCUUUUCUGCUGGAGAGAGCAACAAGCCUCCUUCCCCUCUGGUGAUCCACCCUGACUGAGCAGCUCUGCAUGCUUUUAUACCUGACUUCCACGUGGAGCAUGCCUGGGCAUGGCUUCCUCCGCUAGGAGGGAAGGAUUAACCACCGCUGUACCAGUGUGGGGCCAGUCCUCCCCGUCAUAGUGCCGAGUUGGACACUGAAGCUCUUUCAUUCUGAGAUGCAGUGCGUGCUGUGGCUAUAUCACAGUUCUCCACGUGCCUGGCUGACCUUUUGAGAGAGAGCCAUUGUGCUCUGCUACUGGGCCUAUUUUGAGCAGAAAGCAUUGAACGAUUCCACAUUCUUCUGAAGUGGGUGAUAUGGACCUCCUGUUUGCGAGGGAGUAAAGAGAAGAGGAGAUUCUUUUUGGGUCUGAGUUGGAAGAGGUACAGAAGAAUGUAGGGUUUUGUCUCAGCCAGAGCUUUGUGAUUUCAUUUGCUGGGUGAUCGUCGAUUGGAGUGCAGUAAGGAGACUGAAUACUGCAGCAGAUCUUAUUUGCUAACAACGGGGCUUGUAAAACAUGUCUGUAUGUAUUUGUUUUUAAAAAGCUCUCAUAGGAUUAUUUUUGUACCAAACUGCUUAUAGAUUAUAGAGUUUUGUUUUUGUUUUUUUAAGGCCAGAAGGGAUCUCAUGCAAAUUCAAGGCACUAGGCUUUCACCCAUCAUUCCUGGAGUGGAGGCAGUCAUUUCCCUGGCUGUGUGAGUGAACGCUGUUGAGGAUAUCUCUUAGAAAGGGGGAAAUAGGAGGUGAAUUGUGUGUCCUCCUAGCAGUCUUCAAUUAAACUCAGACUGCCAUAGAUCAAACAACAGAACAGAUGGAUAAUGGAGACUGGGGAUAUAUGAUGACUGAUCCAGUCACAAUAAAUGUGGGUGGACACUUGUAUACAACAUCCCUCACCACUCUAACGAGAUAUCCCGAUUCAAUGCUUGGGGCUAUGUUUGGGGGAGACUUCCCCACUGCCAGGGACUCUCAGGGCAAUUACUUCAUUGACCGAGAUGGACCACUUUUCCGGUAUGUUCUUAACUUUUUAAGGACUUCAGAGUUGACUUUGCCACUGGACUUCAAGGAAUUUGACUUGCUUCGAAAAGAAGCAGAUUUUUAUCAAAUUGAACCCCUAAUCCAGUGUCUUAAUGACCCCAAGCCUUUGUAUCCUGUGGAUACCUUUGAGGAAGUAGUGGAGCUGUCCAGCACACGGAAACUUUCCAAGUACUCCAAUCCAGUGGCAGUAAUCAUAACACAGUUAACCAUCACAACUAAGGUCCAUUCAUUACUGGAAGGCAUUUCAAACCACUUUACCAAGUGGAAUAAGCACAUGAUGGACACAAGAGACUGCCAAGUUUCCUUUACUUUUGGGCCAUGUGAUUACCACCAGGAAGUUUCCCUCAGAGUCCAUCUGAUGGAGUACAUUACAAAACAAGGUUUCUCUAUCAGAAAUACAAGAGUUCACCAUAUGAGCGAGCGGGCCAAUGAAAAUACAGUGGAGCACAACUGGACUUUCUGUAGACUGGCUCGGAAAACGGAUGACUGAUGUAUGACUCCACAGAUGUCAUUUCAGUGGUUACACACAACUUCCUGGAACAGCAUACCUGAGAGAAUCUGGUUUUGACUAAAGCAACAGCAUGGGCUUUUUUAUGAGACUAUUUAUUAAUAAGCAUUAAGGACUGGAGAAGUUACAUGCUCUAGCAAAUCUGUUUUUUGUCUUGUCCAGAAAAAGAUAUGCAUGUGCCUGUUCACACUGUUAAGACACUUCUUUUUUUUUUUUUUUUUUUUUAAAAGGGGGUCUUAAAUAUCAGUAUGGUAGGACAUUUUAUGUCAGCUCUUUCAACCUAAAGUGCUAACUUCACCUAUUUAAAUGGUCUCUAAUCCAUUUAAUGCUAAAACACUCAGAGUAAAGAACAAACAGGAUUUAAGGUGCAGAUGGGGGAAAGGCUAGCAUCAUGUAAACUAACCUAGUUUCUAAAUCAAUAAACAGUAUUGUAAUAUUUUAGGAAAACAAAUCCUACCCUUCUAAAGUACUUGUUAAGUAUGGCUUUUUACAGUUAUGACAACUGUUUUUCUAUGCAUAUAAAUCAAGCAACCAAAUAUCUGUAGCCAUGAAAAUGUGAUUAGAAAUAUUUAUACUGGAUUCUGAAUGCAAAAUAUCCCUGUGGUAGAAUUCAUACUUUUAAUGCCUGGUGCAAUAUUAUUCCCAAGUGUAAUGCCUGCCAGCAAGAAGCUAAUAAAAAUGUCAAAUAUGGAAAUAAA